GUUCUUUAACUCUUCAAUAAACCCCCAAAAAAUACACAUGCUAUAUCCACCAUUACAUUACGUAGUUUUAUUUUUCCAGCUAACAGCCUUGGAAAAAUGGAGGUGUUUUGCAGUCUUUCAUGGACUCAUUCCAUUUCUCCUCGUCUUCACAUCCCUCACCCUUUCUCUGUGGGUGAGACUAAUAGAUUCAGGGUUAUUUGUAGUGCUGCUCAGUCCCAAAAGGCAAAUCAGAUGACUGUAUCAGUUACAGGAGCUACUGGUUUUAUAGGUACAAGAUUGGUGCAGAGAUUGCAUGCAGACAACCAUAACGUUUGUGUUUUGACACGGUCCAAGUCCAAAGCUGAGACAAUAUUUCCGGUGAAGAACUUCCCGGGAAUUGUAAUAGCAGAGGAGGCUGGGUGGAAGGAUUGUAUCGAAGGAUCGAAUGCUGUUGUGAAUUUGGCUGGAAUGCCUAUAAGCACAAGAUGGUCUCCUGAGAUUAAAAAGGAAAUUAAGGAAAGCAGGAUCAGAGUCACCUCAAAGGUUGUAGAUUUAAUAAACAGUUCACCUCAAGGAGUUCGGCCUACCGUGUUAGUUAGUGCAACAGCCGUCGGUUAUUAUGGCACAAGUGAAACACAAGUAUUCAACGAGAACAGUCCAUCGGGAAAUGAUUACUUAGCUGAGGUUUGUAGGGAAUGGGAGGGAACGGCGCUUAAAGUAGAUAAGGAUGUGAGAUUAGCUCUUAUUCGUAUCGGAGUUGUACUCGGAAAAGACGGCGGUGCUUUAGCUAAAAUGAUCCCUCUCUUCAUGAUGUUUGCUGGAGGACCUUUGGGCUCUGGACAGCAAUGGUUUUCAUGGAUUCACUUGGAUGACAUAGUGAACCUAAUAUAUGAAGCUUUAUCCAAUCCAUCUUAUAAAGGUGUUAUAAAUGGAACUGCACCAAAUCCGGUUCGAUUGUCGGAGAUGUGUAAUCAAUUGGGAAACGUCCUCGGUCGACCAUCAUGGCUUCCGGUUCCUGACUUUGCCCUCAAAGCUGUAUUAGGGGAAGGUGCUUCAGUGGUUCUGGAGGGACAAAAAGUGGUUCCUGCAAAAGCUAAGGAAUUGGGUUUCCCAUUUAAGUACCCUUAUGUUAAAGAUGCACUUAAAUCCAUUCUUUCAUAGAAUUCUUUAGGUUUUCUUUUUGGUUUCAUUUUUUUCCUAUUAAGUUUUCUCCCAACGUCAAGAGUAACAUUUUGCGAUUGUUAUUUUCUGUAUGUGGCUUUGCUUUGCUUUUCCUAUUAGCUGAUUAUCAAUGAUAAAAAGAUCAAGCAUA